CCCACCACCGACAGACAACCUCCAGGGAUCCUACUCCCAGCAAUACUGUGUUUAGGGAAUUCAAACUGCCACUGUCAACAUUUUUGAAAACAACUAUAAACUUUAACUAAAGAUCCCAGGCAGUCUGUGUCUUUGAGUACACCAAGGUGCUGUGAGACUGUUUUUGUGUAAAUAACUACUCAACUAACCGAGACCUCGCACUGUUUCAGUCCAGGACGUGCGGUGGAAGUGGACUGCGUAGUACUACUUAUAGUCUGGUUGUAGUCACUAAAAUGGCCCCUUCCUCAAUGUGUGCUUUGCGUGGCUUCAUCUGUUCAGUGGUAGCGUUACUGCUGAAUAUCGUUUCGAUAGCGAGCCCGCACUGGGUCAAUAGCGAUGGACAACAACAUAAGAUAGACAUAGGUCUGUUCAUACACUGCGACGUCAGAACAACCAGCUGUGGGGGUAUGCACGAAAUUAGCUCCAUUGUAGAUGUGCAGGAAGUUGGCUGGUUCCGUGCAACCCAGGCAACUUAUCUUGUGGCGGUUGUGGGCACACUACUGACUGCUGUUCUGGAUAUGCUGGUCCUCAUUCGCUUCUUUGACAAAGGCAGUUUUAAGGUUAUCUCUGUGAUCAACUUUAUUACUUUGAUGUCAGCGUUUGCCGCUCUUUUGAUGUUUGGUCUGCACUACAAGGAUGUCUUCACCAUCACUGACACAUACAACAGUGAGGCCUACAUUGGCUACUCUUUCUACACCGCUGUGUUUGGCUGUGCUGUCUUGCUUGUUGCUUUUAUUUUUCAUGGCAUUGAAGCUAGCAAUGCUGCUGGAGUUUUGAAAAACAUGCAACAUCGUCUAACUAUCUGGAGCACCUACACACUGUUUGUGGAUCAGGAGCAGUAAGUGGCAUGUGCUGAGACUGUCUAACUUGAAGAUGGAGAUGGCAGCACUUUUUUUUUUUUUUCAGAUUAUUGUUUUUUAAUUGGUACACAAGGCCAUCUCACAGAAUCUGUAAAACUUUUUACAUUUUAAAAGCAGAAAAUGUUAAGAAUAUUAUGUCACAUUGCUUUGUAUUUAGCAAGUUUGUAAAUCUUUUCCUCUUGUUUUUUCUGACAUUGCUGAGAUAGGUUUUAUUAUAUGUGCAUGCUUUGAGAUUGAUUUGUUGCUAAAUUUAACAAAUUUCAUUAAAAAUGUCUGUAGUUAAAUAUUUCAGCAGCCAACAGACUGGUGAGAAAAGUUACAUCAAUUAUAAUUUUGGAUUUCUCUGUUUUUAAGGGCCUUACCAGAUUUUUAAGGGAGUAAUCUCAGUAGCAUAUUUGCAAAGCAUAGAAAAGGUAUAUGUCACUGAACUGGGCCAGUUUAUUUCACAUGGCAUUUUGAAUUUCUUGUAUACCUUUUACAUACUUUAUGAUGCUUGCCAUGAUUUUGUUUUAAUGCUGUCAAAUCUUGCAUGCAUUUUAUCUCCACAUCUAUAGUUGAUGGUGAAUGUUGAAAUUAGAAGAAAGAAUGGUGGUGGUUAAUAUGAUGAAAUAGGUUGUGACUACAUUUUAUCAAAGACAAUUAACAUAUUCUAGAAGUUUGUAAUGUUACUGUUUGAUUUCCAGUUUUUCACCAUUGAGAACCACACUUACAAGUUAUUGUAUAUGUGUUUGUGGUGUUAAAUGAAAUAUUAGCUGAAUAAAUGCAUUACUAUGCAAUUGUUCAUGCCUAAUUUGACUAGAAUUAAAAUAACAGUGUAAAUGUUUCACUUAUUGUAUAUAAAUGAAUUCAGAGAUUAAUAUUUUAUCAUAAGGAUUGAUGAAAUUGACUUGCUAUCUAUAUGUCUUUUAUUUUCUCUGACUCAGUCUCAUAGUCAAGGAACUGUAAUCUUUUUACAUAAAGAGCCAUUUAUUUGAUAAUCAUACUAACAUCUAAAUAGGCCUCGUGCUAAACAUCCUGUCAUACCAUGGCAUCAAACUGUUACAAAAUCUUUUGUGCACUUUGGAAGUUUCUUGAAUGAAAGUAAAAAAGUCUUUAGGUAGCUGAGCAUCCACAUCUGUCUUAUUAAAUAGAAAUAAUAGGAAAAACCUGAUAUUGCUUCAUUAUCUGUAUCUAGUCCUAUUAUAAGAAUCCGACUGUUCUCAUCUUCUAUACCCUGAGAGAGUCUUUCUUGCUUCUGUGUGUUGUAAUAUGAUACAGUAUUAUCAUAUAAUGCACAGUUUACAUCAAGUUUUUUAUGUGAAAACAUGCUUUGAGUUGACAUAUAAGCAGAAAUCAUAUCAGGCAAAUUAUGUAUAAUGUUCAUUGUGACUCUUGAAUUUUAAUUUAAAAGUUUGAUAUGAUGUGUUAUAGAUGUCCAGUGUUUUUCUGGUGAAGUUAAAAUGGAAAAGCAUGCAAAAGUAGUUUCUGUUGAGUAUACUUAGAGAUAUAUAUCAACUUCUGAGCUUCCUCCAUUUGCCUUCCCUUUUUGUACCCCACACCUUCCAUCUUUUGACUUGUGGGUUGGUAUAUUUUUUUGAUGAUGUUUCACUCAGUUUGAAAUAUGAUUUCAAGGUAAAUAACUACAGAUUUGGAGCAGAGGAAACUUAAGUUGAACUAUGAGAUUUUUUUUUUAAAGAAAAAGUUGAUGUCAAUUAUAUCAAGUUGGAAAUACUUGAACACAUUGAAGAUGUAACACUUAGAUGUGACCUCUAAAGUGGUAGAAAAUCUUGAUAUUCAGCAUAUGAUGCAUGCUAUUUAUAACAGGCAGCAACUGUUUUUAAAAGUGACCAUUUUGUGUUUAAAUGAAAGCCAGAACUCAUAAAGAGCAAAAAUAAACUACAUGUUAUAGAAAGUUCAUAUGUAAGUAAAGAAUUGGCACUUCACUCUGUUUUUAAAAAAAAAAGUAAAGAGAAGUUAAUGCUUGAAGUGAGAUAUUGCUUUUUGGGAAAGUUUUUAACUGUGAGAAUUGUCAGGAAAUUGUCAUUAGGAUUUUUUAUUAUAAAUACCUAAUCAAGAAAAUAUUAUCAUUAGAAAUUUUGUCUUGUUAUGUAUAAAGGAUUACAUAAUUAUCAAGUCUUCCACUAGUGAUUGCAAGAUUGAUGAAAGGUGCUUUGUCAGAAAAGGACCCUAAGAACAAGAUGCUUGUCUUGUUGCAUAGCAACAGUGAUGUGUAAAAAUGAUGUUGAUAUGUAAACAGAUACACAAGGUUUCUCGUGCUCCACACACCUUGAUGUGCUUGUCUUUUUAAUUUUACUGAAUGCACAAGAGUGGACACAUUGAUUUUGUUUGUCAUACUUUAAUGUUAUUGCUGUCAUGGUUGAACUUGUUAUUACAAUUUUUUAUCCAAUUCAUAGAAAUAGUAAGUAUGUAUAAAUCAAACAGUCCAGUUUUUAAAAUAGCUCUUGUGUCAUGUGAAAAUGACAAUGGCUUCUGUGGUGCAUCUGCUUAAAAAUAAUUUUGAGCAUUUGAAAAAACAUUUUGUAGUCCGAUAGGUCCUGAAUAAGCACAAAUUGUAUCUAACAACCUGAUAGCAUAUACAAGUGAAACAGCCUCUGCUUGCUUUUAGUUCAUUUGUCAAGUGCCAAAAGUUUUUUUUUUUUUUGCUAAAAUAAAAUUAUAUUCAUGUCCUCUAAAUUGAAAACAGCAUUCAUUUUACCAAAGAAAAUCACGUCGUUUUUUUUUUUCUUCUCUGACUCUAAUUUGUUGUCAUUCCUUCUGAAUAUGUGGUGUGCUUGAAACUUUCAUUGAAAAUAAGGGGGAAAUGAAGUGGACAGAAGCAUCUUGUGAAACACAUCCAAAACCUGCCAUCAUCAGUUACAGUAAACUAACAUGUCAAACAGAAGAGCAUUUCAAUGUUCGGGAACUCUAAAUUGAGCUUGUGACGUCUUUAAACCUGAAUAUCAUGUUAAUUAUUAAGUUAUCAUCUUUAUUGUAGAUCUGUUAUAAAAUUUAAAUAGUUUAAUUGUACACAUAAAGAUGAUGUUGCAUUGCAAAUGAAAUUAAGAAUAAUCCUUUUUUUUUUUUUUUAGUUUGGAGACAAAUGUGUAAAUUUUGUCAGCUUUUUGCACAAAUCUUAACUACUGUAAAUGAGUUUCUCAUUAUUUUGAAUGUUACUAGCAUUUUAUUGAUAAUAAAAAUUAUUGUAUAUA